CAAGUCAUCCUCUUCGUCGUUGCGAUGCUCUCUCUCUCUCUCACUCUCACUCACUCACUCAAUCUAUCCAGUUUUCUAUUUCGCUUGUGAGGAUUGGCCUCCCGAUCCGCACCGACCGGUUGAGAACUCGUUUUUCUGGUUCGUUUGGCACCGAAGUUCCUCAAACUGGUGAUUAAUUGCGUGCGCAAUUGGCUGGAGAAUUGUUUCGCUGUUUGCACCUCCACUCUCAGUCUAGGAUUGGACGUGAGCUUGUGUUUAGAAGUUGGUAGCUAGGAUAUUAAAGUUCGGGGGCGAUUUUCUCGUGGAUUGGUGAAGGUAUUGUAGUGGGAAACGGGAAUUGUUUCCUGCUGCCAGUGUGGUAGACUUGCUGGAGGAUUUUUGAAGUGAAUUAUCGAGUGGGAAAAUUGAUACAGAGUUGUGCAGCUGGAGCUCACGCUCCUUGCCUUCAAACGCGUGGGAGAGGUAAACUCAGCAACAUGACUAUGCAAGUCAACUCACUUCUGCCUCAGGGGCACAGGCUGUGUGCAGAGACAUUCACUAUGCAUCUUGGUCUUGGACAUCCUUCGAAGCCUUUAGUGCAGUCCCCUCUGACUCAAUGGCAUCAAGAGUUUACCCUGCAGUACAGCUCUAGGAAAUCUCACUCCAUCAAGCGUCGUCCUCAAACCGUUACUCCUUGUGCCACGGUUGAGCCACGGCAGUACUUCCAAGGAGAAAGGAAGUGUGCACCUCUGUUUGAGGGUGCCAGCGAGAGCUUACCGUCCGAAAGUUCUGAGUGGAGAGCAGUUCCUGACAUCUGGAAGACUGCUGCGGAGAAGUACGGUGAUCGCGUCGCCCUUGUUGAUCCGCACCGACAACCUCCUUCACAAAUCACUUACAAGCAGCUAGAGCAAUCAAUAUUGGAUUUUGCUGAGGGACUUCGGGUUUGUGGAAUUCGUCCGGACCAGCACAUGUCACUCUUUGCUGACAAUUCUCAUCGCUGGUUGAUUUCAGACCAAGGAAUUAUGGCUGCGGGGGCUGUUGCUGCGGUGAGAGGGUCGCGAUCUUCAACCGAUGAAUUGUAUCACAUUGUCACUCAUUCUGACAGUGUCGCAUUGGUCGUUGACAACCUUGAGAUUUACAACAAAAUUGCGGAUCGUUUGAAGGGAAACACUGUGAUUAAGUUCGUAAUUGUGCUUUGGACUUCUAAAGACACAUUGAAAGACCUUAAAGAUGGAAGUGAAGUUCCAUUCUAUUCAUUUGAUGAGCUUAUGGCUUCGGGAAGAACAAGUCGGCAAGCUUUGGCCGCUGUCGCUAGCUCAGGUGAGAGGGUGCAGUGCGAUGUUAUUCACCCUGAUGAUGUGGCGACAUUGGUAUACACAAGUGGCACGACCGGGAACCCUAAGGGUGUUAUGCUUACGCAUGCCAAUCUUCUCCAUCAGAUAGUACACUUGGGGUCGGUUGUGCAACCAGGACCGGGCGACCGCUUCCUAAGUUUGUUGCCACCGUGGCACAUGUACGAACGCUCUGCUGAGUACUUCGCUCUAUCUCGUGGCGUUAGUCAAGUGUAUACAAGUGUAAAGACCUUGAAGGAGGACUUGGCACGGUACCCACCAGAUUAUUUUGUUGCUGUUCCACUGGUGUUUGACAUUCUGUACAGUGGAGUUCAGAAACAAAUAGCUGCAGGCUCCAAGUUCCGAAAGCAAAUCGCGCUUACUCUCUUGAGCCUCAGUCUCAAGUUUGUCGACAUCAAGCGGAAACAAGAGGGUCGAGAUGUCACAAAAGGGAGAGAAUCAUUCAGUCCAGUGGCGGCAGCCAAGGUCUGGGCAAUCGCGACAAUUGGUGCACUACUGCUGCUGCCAUUUCACCUACUGGCUCAAAAGCUUGUGUACUCUAAAAUUCUUGCUUCAAUUGGAAUUAAGAAGGCAGCAAUCAGUGGAGGCGGUAGCCUUCCCCCUUAUGUGGAUAGAUUUUUUGAGGCCAUUGGUAUCCGGGUUUUGAACGGUUACGGUCUUACAGAGACAUCUCCAGUUGUUUCUUGUCGGCUACCAUCAAAUAAUGUCUUAGGUACAGUUGGAGGGCCCAUACCCGAAACAGAAAUCAAAGUCGUUGAUCCUAACUCUGGUAACAUCGUUCCUCCUGGCAUCAAAGGUUCAGUCAAAAUCCGUGGUCCUCAAGUCAUGAAAGGUUACUAUAAGAAUCCCGCAGCAACCAGUAAAGCCAUAGACUCCGAUGGGUGGUUUGAGACAGGCGAUCUGGGGUGGAAAGUUCCAUCUUCACCAGUAGGGCCAGCACGGAUGUGUGGGGGUCUUCUGGUCUUAGACGGCCGUGCUAAAGACACUAUUGUUCUAUCAACGGGUGAGAACGUUGAACCGCAAGAAAUUGAAGAGGCAAUCAUGCAGAGCAAGCUUAUACAGAAUGUUAUGCUUGUGGGGCAAGACAAGCGGAGGUUAGGGGCGCUCAUAGUGGGCAACAAGGAGGAGCUAGAAGCUGCGGUAAAAGAAUAUAAGCUCGCUAAGGGUGAUUCUUCAAAGCCUAUCAAGAGUGACAGGACGAAUGUGAUUCGCCGAGAAAUCAAUCGGCUUUUGGCAAAUUCCUCCUGGCCUGUAGGUCCAUUUGCUCUCAUUGAAGAAAGUUUUACGAUCGAAAAUGGGUUGAUGACGCCAACAAUGAAAGUGCGGCGAGAAGUGGUCUACGAGCGCUACAAGGAUGAAAUAGACGGACUCUUCAAUGCUAACAAAGAUAUAUAACCUUCUCAUUUUUAUCCUCUUUAGUAGCUGGAAUCUGCUCUAUUUGAUGACAUCUGUGGUGUAACUCACGAAAUCAUGCUCUGUACAUUAUUAGUUGUCAUGUUCAUUGUCUACGAGUAAUAUCAGGCGUAGGUGUGCAGUAUGUCUUAGCCUUCUUGUGGCUUUAACCACAACUGGAUGAUAGUGCAUUGUAAAUGGUUGCACGAAGCCCAAAGGCUUAAUCUUGUCACAUACAUUCUAAUGCUUCGAUACAAACCUGCUCAAUGUGAUCAGCUUAGCUGUACCUUCCGACGCAGUUCCUGAAUUUAUCGUCCUCUUCAAUUGUGAACGAUUCUACGAAGAAUUUCAGGAAAUCAUAGUUGGAGUGUUUUGCAUUCUAAAAACCGUAUUAUGAGAAUCAAUGGGUAAACCUCAAAAGUAUGUAAUAAGAUUAUAUACAAUCUUUUACACAUA